UCCUUCUUACCAUUCUCAUAUAUCAAUCUCCACAAUCUUCUUUUCUUUGAAACCAUUCUGCAGGCUGAUGUCUGUCAUGCAUAUCAAAUCUUGAGGAGGGGCGGGCUAAAAGAUGAGAACAUCAUUGUUUUCAUGUACGAUGAUAUUGCAAACAAUGAGGAAAAUCCUAUACCCGGAGUCAUAAUCAAUGAUCCCCAGGGCGAGAAUGUGUAUGCGGGAGUACCAAAGGACUACGUUGGAGAUGAUGUUAAUGUGAACAACUUCUUCGCCGUUCUCCUUGGAAAUAGGACUGCUCUGACCGGAGGAAGCGGAAAGGUCAUUGAUAGCGGUCCGGAUGAUUACAUAUUCGUCUACUACACCGAUCACGGUGGGCCUGGAGUUCUUGGGAUGCCCACUUAUCCUGACCUUUAUGCCGAUGACCUGAUUGCUGUGUUGAAGCACAAGCAUGCAACAGGAUCCUAUAAAAGCAUGGUGUUUUACUUGGAAGCUUGUGAAUCUGGGAGUAUCUUCGAGGGCCUUCUGCCGAACAAUAUUAAUAUAUAUGCCACAACAGCCGCCAACGCCAUGGAAAGCAGUUACGCAACCUACUGCCCGGGGAUGUUCCCCAGCCCUCCUCCACAAUUCACCACCUGUUUGGGGGACUUGUAUAGUGUUUCCUGGAUGGAAGACAGCUACGUACAUGAUUGGCGGACCGAAACCCUAGCGCAACAGUAUCAGCUAGUCAAAAAUAGAACCGCAGUUCAUAACAUAUACUACUUUGGCUCACAUGUCAUGCAAUAUGCGGAUCUGCGUCUAAACACACAGAAACUUUCUUUAUACGUGGGUUUCGAUCCUUCCGGUGAUGGUGUCACUCCUGUUGCUAAUCCUUUGCCAUCGUCAACACAGACGGUGGUGGUAAACCAACGUGAUGCGGAACUAAUUCAUUUCUGGCUCAAGUUGCACAAGGCAUCCGAAGGUUCCCCUCAGAAGUUGGAUGCUCAAAAGCAAUUGCUCCAAGUAUUGGAGCAUCGAUCGCACGUAGAUAAGAGCGUACGACUUAUUGGGAAUCUUCUUUUCGGUUCUGAGAAUGGGCCACGAGUACUGGAGAGUGUUGGAGCAGCAGGACAGCCCUUGGUGGAUGAUUGGUCAUGCCUAAAAUCGAUGGUACGAGCUUUUGAAACAUAUUGCGGCUCUCUAUCUCGAUAUGGGAUGAAACACCUGCGAUCGCUAGCCAACAUCUGCAAUGCGGGUGUGAGGGUGGAAGCCAUGACCAAGGUGGCUGCCGAAGCUUGUCCCAACGUUCCCUCCAACACCUGGAGCCUUCUCCCCAAGGGUUUCAGUGCCUGAACAAGAUGGUC